UAUGGAUAGUUCGGAAAUACGAGCGGAAACUUCUUUUAUCGGCAAUGGCGAAAUUUUCGGAAAUAUUUCCAGAGACAAAGCAGUGAAUAUAAGAUUUUUAGACAUAACUUAUCGUGUGAAGAGUGGAAAACAAACUAAGGCUAUUUUAAACAACAUAAGUGGGGAGUUUCGUGCGGGUGAAUUAUCAGCUAUUAUUGGAGUAUCAGGAUGUGGAAAAACAACGCUAUUAAAUUUAUUAGCGGGUUAUCGCAUCAAGACAACUUUGGGCGACGUAUUAGUAAAUGGGAAAUCUCGUGAUAUGACAGAAUUUAAACAAACCUCUCGAUAUGUUCUUCAAGAUGAUGACAUCAGUCCGUGUUUUACAGUAUUGGAAACAAUGAUGUUUGCCUCGAAUUUCAAAUUGGAGUCGAAUUGCAGCCGUGAACAACGUGAAAAGGUGAUCUUUGAAAUUUUGGAUAUGUUUCGUUUACGCGAGAAGGCCGACACACUGAUAGCCAACGUUUCAGGUGGCGAACGUAAACGUGUCUGCAUUGCACUGGAGUUAAUAGACAGUCCAUCGGUAGUAUUGCUAGAUGAACCCAUAACUGGUCUAGAUGAGUCUUCAGCUUCGCAAUGCAUUCGUAUCCUUAGUGAAUUGGCCAAAAGUGGAUGCACCGUAAUUUGUUCGCUGCACUGCCCAUCAGCGAGAUUAUUGCAAAUGUUUCACAAGGUUUAUGCCAUGUCUCAAGGAGAAUGUAUCUAUCAAGGAACUAUGGAACAUAUUGUGCCCUAUUUGGAACAGUUUCAGUUGGAGUGUCCCGUUACGCACAAUCCCACAGAUUUCAUUAUUGAUAUAUCCACAAAUGCCUUUGGUGACUAUCAAAAUCAAAUGGUAAAUGAAAUUAGACAUGGAAAAGUGUUUAAUUGGAUGCCAGCUUUACCAAUUGUUAGUCCUCACCUGGAAACAGAUGAUAUUAAUAGAACUAAUGGGGAAUUCCUAAGCUCGCCAUCUACUUUAGCCAGAAAAAAACAGACCUCAUGGUGCCUAGAAUAUAGAUUUAUAUUAAAUCGUUUAAUGCAACAACUAUGGCGUGAUAAGAUAAAUUUAAGUGUGAUUACAAUUUCCUAUAUUCUCUGCUCCAUUGUGGUUGGUCAUACAUACUGCCAUGUCACUGGGAAUGCUCUAUAUAGUCCAUUUGUUUACUAUCUAUGCUUCAUAGUGACGACAAUGUUUUUAUUUUUGGGUAUGGACCCAGUGAUCGCAGCAAGUAAGUAUUAUAAAUUUUUUGCAGUUAUUGAUAUAUCCACAAAUGCCUUUGGUGACUAUCAAAAUCAAAUGGUAAAUGAAAUUAGACAUGGAAAAGUGUUUAAUUGGAUGCCAGCUUUACCAAUUGUUAGUCCUCACCUGGAAACAGAUGAUAUUAAUAGAACUAAUGGGGAAUUCCUAAGCUCGCCAUCUACUUUAGCCAGAAAAAAACAGACCUCAUGGUGCCUAGAAUAUAGAUUUAUAUUAAAUCGUUUAAUGCAACAACUAUGGCGUGAUAAGAUAAAUUUAAGUGUGAUUACAAUUUCCUAUAUUCUCUGCUCCAUUGUGGUUGGUCAUACAUACUGCCAUGUCACUGGGAAUGCUCUAUAUAGUCCAUUUGUUUACUAUCUAUGCUUCAUAGUGACGACAAUGUUUUUAUUUUUGGGUAUGGACCCAGUGAUCGCAGCAAUUCCCCGUGAGCUACGAUACAUAAGAAGGGAAUAUUUCAAUCAAUGGUAUCGUUUAAGCACCUAUUUCAUGGCUUUGGUAACAUCGCAACUGCCUAUUGCAUGUACCCUGUCUAUCGUUAGCUCGAUUAUUUUGUAUGUGUUAUCCGGGCAGCCAAUGCAGUAUUGGCGAAUGAGCAUGUUUGCGGCCAUGGUUCUCCUCAUAUCGCUGAAUUCACAAAGUUUCGGAUUAAUGGUUGGUUCAAGUUUUAACGAACUGCAUUCCCUAUUUGUUUCUGCCACAAUCUUUGGUGCAAUGACCAUUGCUGCCCAUCAGUCUGUUCAUGGCGAAGAUCUUUCGACUUUUCAUGAAAUCACGCUAUACAGUGGCUUUUUGAGAUAUGCCUUAGAAGGAGUUUUGGUCAGUUUGCUGGGUCUUGAUAGGCCGGAUUUUCCUUGUCCACCGGACCAAUGGUUUUGUCCAACAUCCAAAGCCAAAUCCGUUUUGAAGUUAUUCGGGAGUUCAAAAGUCAGUUACAUACGUUCUGUCAUUGUGUUGGGUUCGCUGACGCUGCUCUUUGUCGUUGCGGCAUUUUUAAUAAUGAGACAUCGGCUAAAUUUUAGACAAUUAUCCCGAGGGUGAUUUCUAUGUAGUAUUGCAGUUUUCAAAAUUGAAAUAUGCAAAUGGCAGAACAUGUUUUGUCGCUGCUUUUGAUUUUGGCAUAUUUUACUAACUGGUGAUUUGUACAAAGGUGGAUGAAUAAUAAAAUGUUAGCAGAAACUCUUGAA